CACAGAUGUUAAAAGGGAUAGAAUUGUGUUGUCAACGUAGCGCAGCGUUCACGUUCACCGUUAACUUAAGGACUUCGCAUGGAUGACAUGCCAAAUGUAGUGACCCAGUUAUUAUGGUAAACACUGCCUGCAAUACACAACUAGCUCAUGUAAGAAUGGGGGCUCUGGCAUGGAAACGGUGUAUUGGAUGCGGAUGCAAGAUUUCUGACCGGUUCCUCCUGUUUGCUUUGGAUGGAUACUGGCACUGCCACUGUCUCAGGUGUUCCUGCUGCCAUGCCAAGCUGGCAGAAAUUGGCUCUUCGUGUUUCACCAAGCGUGGCUUGAUCCUCUGCAAAAGUGACUAUAUAAGAUUAUUUGGUAACAGCGGAGUCUGCAGGGCUUGCAAUAAAUCCAUCCCAGCAAGUGAAAUGGUUAUGCGGACACAGGGAAAUGUUUUCCAUGUCAAGUGUUUUGUAUGCUCCAUCUGCCAUAAUCAACUAAUACCUGGUGAUCAUUUUCACUAUGUGAAUGGAGAACUGUUCUGUGAGCGGGACAGGCCAACAGCUUCUCCAGACACAAACAGUCACUUGGAUUCACUUCGGGAGCACAAUAUUUCAGAACAGAAGUCAUGAGCUGAUCAUUUUUUGCUUUUGAAAUGAGCUCCAAGAAAGAGACACUAAUGGAGCACCUAGUUUCAUAUUCAAGAUUUCACAUAACCCUGUAGUUGCUUUGUCAGCAACAGACCAUUUUGUGAAGGUCUAAUAUUGUGGAAAUUCAACAUAUGUGGCAAUAUCUGCUAGUGUAAAUGAGGUUAACCACUGGAGCUGAAAAGCAAUAUUAGCAGGUGCCCUUGCGUAUCAUAAUCAAUUAUGAAUUGGUUUGCACUGAAUUACCUUUCUCAUAUAUACUGUGGUGGACCUGCAAUAAUUUAGUUGUGGUAUCUAAUAGUCUUAAAAUUGUGCUUGACUGUGUACUUAACUUCAGUGGGCUACCUCUGCAACUGUUUUUGCUGACAAACAUUGAAUCCACACAACCCCAUCUUUCACUGGUGUGUGAGUGACAUUUAUCUUUUGUUAAUGGGACCGCUGUUUUGCUUGGUCCAUAAUUAUGAUAUCACUGCACUUAACCUGUCCAUACAAGUCAGUCCUACAAGCAUCCAGAGAGUCCAGAUGUCUUACCAUUUAGCUAACUAAUCUGGUUCCCUGCAUCAUUUGAAACUGCUUUCCAGGGAUAUCUAUGGGAGUAUAAAGCUUUUUUUGUCUCUGAAGUGUGCUGUGUAACAAGUAAUAUUUUCUUUGUUCCAAAUAAAUGAAAACUUUAAA